AUGGGUGCCGCCGAGCCUGAGACUGAGAAAGAACAAGCACCACCUCCGCAGGAUGAUUUUCCAGAGGGCGGGAUUAGGGCAUGGGGAGUUGUUGCUGGGGCGUUUUGUGUGCUGUUUUGCACGUUUGGGUAUUUGAAUGCUUAUGGUGUAUAUCAGGAUUAUUACCAGGGCCACCAGCUGAGCCAUGAGUCGUCGUCUACUAUCUCGUGGAUUGGAUCGGUGCAGGUAUUCUUUCUGUAUGCUGGAGGUGUGAUAGGAGGACCGUUAUUCGACCGGAUAGGUGCUACUGUCAUAAUCCCCCCAGCACUACUCCUCGUCUUCGCCGUGAUGAUGACAUCCCUGUGCAAAGAGUACUAUCAAUUCAUGCUCGCCCAGGGAAUCCUCGGCGGUCUAUGCUGCGGUAUGAUGUUCGCUCCGGCAAUGGCUGCUGUUGGACAGUACUUUAGAAACCGUCGAGCACUGGCUAUGGGGAUAGCUGUUAGCGGAUCAUCGCUUGGUGGUGUGAUUUUCCCGAUUGCUUUGAACAAUCUGUUCCAGACACGCAGUAUCGCGUUUGGUUGGGGAGUGCGUAUUGCAGGUUUUAUUAUCCUAGCGCUUCUGGUGAUUGCAUGCGCAACAGUCCGCCGAAGACUCCCUCCCCGUAAGGGAGAUAUAUUGGUAUUAUCAGCCUUCCGCGACCCCAGCUACAUCCUAACAAUCGCCUCCCUCUUCUUCCUUAUCUGGGGCAUGUUCACCCCCUUCUUCUACAUCGACACCUACGCCACCUACCGCGGCAUGUCCCCCCGCCUCGCCUCCUACAUGCUCUCCAUCCUCAACGCCGCCUCCAUAAUCGGCCGCAUAAUCCCCAGCCUCCUAGCCGACCACUUCGGCAACUUCACCCUCCUCUCCAUCUCCGGCUUCUGCACGGGCGUCCUUCUACUCUGCUGGAUAGCCAUCAAAUCGAACGCCGCGAUUAUCGUGUUCGCGGCGCUGUAUGGGUUUUGUUCGGGGGCGAUUGUGUCGUUGCUGUCGCCUUGUAUUGCGCAGAUUGCGCCGCAUCCGAGCUUGAUUGGGGCGUAUUUGGGGAUGGCGUUUUUGAUAGUAGGGGUUUCGGGGUUGACGGGGACGCCGAUUUGUGGGGCGUUGAUCGAUGGGUAUGGGUGGUGGGCUGCUAUGGUAUUUAGUGGGGUUGCUGUUUUUGUAGGAGCGGGGUUGGUGCUUGUUACGAAGUGGAGUUUGAGGCGGAAAAGGAGGGAUUAG